GUGUAUCCACAUAGAUACUAAAGAGUGUUAUUUAACCGCAAUUGGUUUUGGAACGAAAGAAAAAUGUAAACAACACAACAGUUAUGGUCCAGGCCGUCUUGUUUUUAAAUUGCGAACAUGGUAGAAACAAAGGAGGAUGAAGCUAUGGCAUCAUACACAAUGUCUAGAGCGCUGGAGAUCUUGCAUGAAGAGCUGUCAAUGGAACUGCAGUCACAUCAGACAGACAUUGCACGCACAAUGGGUUGGAGGCAUUGCUUUAGUGUGUUCCAUCAUCAGCAAGUGCAGUCGUUGUACCACUGGCCUACCGUUCUGAUCUCCAUUGUGUUGGCUGCCGCUCUGUUUGUCUCCUAUGGGUUUUCUCAACACAGGUCAGCUGGUGAUACAGCUUGGCUUCUUGUUGAAGGGGUUGUUAUCCUGCUAUUCUUAUCUCUCAACAUCGCCUUGGCUCUGCACAACGUUAGACAACAGAAAAUGGAAUUUCUGAGGCUUCUAGGCGACAUCCUCGGACAGCUCUCCACCUGUAUGCAGUAUAAUGUUUGGAACAAGUCCUUCUUCCCACACCUGGAGUCCCCCUACUCCCCCUGCUUAUCCCUACAGUGGACCCUACGCGCAGGCCAGGUGUACAAUGUCCCUGUACCCCUCUUAGUCAAAGGGGACAUCAUCCUGCUACGACCCAGUCAUAAAGCACCUGCCAGGUGUAAAGCUUUGCAGGGUGGAUGUGAGGACAGUUUGGUGCUGAAUGAGGGAGAGAUAUUCUCACCUGAAGAUGAAUCCACAGAUGAGAGUUUUACUGUUCCUAAAGGGAGAGAACCCAGGAAGUGCCAGAAAUUUCUACUGUUAGAGACUCCAUAUGUCAGUGUAUUAAGGCAGAUUAUGGCAGAUGGCAAUCGGCCGGCUACUGUUAUAGACAAUGAGAAAUUCUUCAUUCUCACUGUAUGGAUUGAAAGGCGAGUCAUUCCUGUUGUCAUGGCUUUGAUGCUGUUGGUAAACGUGCUGCGGUACAACUACAUGCAGGGUCAUGUGGGACACUGGACAGACAUGGUCAUCACACUGCAGGUUCAGGCAGUUAUCCCCCUAGUUCCAUUGAUAAUUCCGCUGAUGUACCUUCUGAUCAAUUUCUAUGGUCAAGCAAGAGUGUUUGCUGCAUUUGAAGAAGAGAAAAGCUCACAGCCACUGGGUGAAGACAGUUUCAACACGGACAGCUCCAUAUCGGCUGAUGAGGCACGCAUUGAUCUCCCUUGGACACACGUGCUGGACUGGUUUAAGAACAUCCUGUUGGGUCGUGUCAGUGUAGUCACAAGGAAGAUUAACAUAACACAUGUUCUUGGUUCUGUUACAUCCCUGUGCUGUGUGGAUAAGAAAGGCGUCAUAUCUUACCCCAACCCAACCCCUGAGAAAGUGUUCUUCCUGCGGUGGGGCCGGAAGGAAGGGGCCAUCAGUGGCAGCAACACAGGGAUACACAAUGACCAGGGGGACAAGCAGAAAUAUACAGAAUCUGCCCAUGGAAAGUCGUCCUGCAUGGAGGUUCUAGAUGUCACAUCAGAUCCCAAGAACUCAUUUACAGUGAGAUUUGAUGAUCCUGGUUGGACACAACAUUUGAACUCUUUGAAACCACUGGGUCUGACAAUACUUGCAAACACUUGUAACCUGCAAACUGCAGACUGGUACAGCCAAUUUGCAGACCAUGUGGCCUGUGCUGGGCUGCAGAAUGAGGAGACAGUCGCAGUCGUCAACAGAAGAUGUCUGUGUCCCCUGGCAAGGGAGAUUGGUUUCUCAGAGAAAGCCCUGGAAAUAUUUACAGUGGAGAAAACUCUAGGAAUGUUCCAGCAAGUUUCAGCAGAAAUGACAACAAAGGAGCGGGUUCAGCGGGCCAAGUCUUUCAUCCGCCAUAAGAUUCCUAUGCCCAACAUGGUGUCAGUGAUUUUAAAGGAAAAAUUCACAGGCGCCCGUCAGCUGCUGUCCCAGGGUACGGCUGACAUCCUGCUGGCCUCCUGCACAGACUACUGGGAUGGGGAGGACCUGCGACCUCUCACACAGAGUGACAGGAAGAAGAUACUGGACUUCUAUCAUCGCACAAGUAUUGGUUCCUACUGCACAGCGUUCUCCUAUUGUCCAGUGCGACAGGGUAUUGUGGGAUACUUUGACGACAUGUAUAUCGAAGUACCUGAUGACAUGCACAAUUCUAAUUGCCAUGGCAGCUUAUCUUCUGUAGAUCAGGACUUGGAGCUGCUAUCAGAUGCCCGAGGAUUGUGGGACUUCCCCUACUCUUUCAGUGCUGACUCGCUCAUCGACGACUCCAGUAUUCAGUCAGUUGAUGAGGGAACCGGCUUCCAGCAGUGGCAACGGAACCAGGUCUUCAUAGGGAUGAUCACCAUGCAGUACCAGGCCAGACAGGAUUUCAUUCAACUGAUUGACAAACUGGAAGGGGCUUGUAUAAGAUUUGUUCAUUUUUCACAAGAAAAUGAAGUCCGAAGCAGGGUGUUUGCAGAGAAGAUGGGCCUGGAGGCAGGCUGGAACUGCCACAUCAGCCUGCGCUCAGAGCAGCAGUACCUGUCAGCCACCUCUGCACAAUCUGUCAACAGUCCAGACUCAGUUAAGCAAGAUGGGCCAAACAAGAUGUCCAGGUUUCCCAGUCGUCUGUCUACCCUGAACACCCCCAAAGAGGAUACAACAGCCGUGACCUUUCACCCUGUAGAGCUGCAGCAGCAGGGCAGGAGGCUGUUCAGUGCCAGCGCUCCUAGCGUGGUACACCUUGGGUCAUCACAGGUCAAGUUUGAGACCAAGGUGCGCACGGCCAUUGUGAGUCCCCGCCGGGUCAGGAGGAAUCUCCAUGGUGAUGAUGUUGCCAUGGCAAUACAGGAUGGGCUGGAUGGGCUAUAUGACCAUGAAGCUGAGGGUGUAGAGCUGUUAGCCCCGGGUACAGAGGAGCUGGAUGGGGACUAUGGGGGUGGGUGCUCCUGGCUGAGUGAAGAGGAGCUGAGUAGACAGGCCUCCAGCUACAUCACGGAGAACACAGAGGACAGUCUGGCCUUUGACAACAGGGCAAAGCUGCCAAGAGGUAUAGAGAAUAUCCGUCCACACCUUCAGAGCAUUGAUAAUGUGCCUCUCUUGGUGAAUCUCUUCACAGACUGCACUACAGAAACGACAUAUGAGAUGAUGAAGAUCCUGCAGGAGCAUGGUGAGGUGGUUCUGUGUGUGGGCAGCUCCAUCAACAUGCACAAUGUGCCCCUCUUCCUACAUGCAGACUGCAGCAGCCUUGCCCUGGAGCCCCUGUGUCCCCAGGUGUGUGUGCAGCAGCAGCCUGGUCAGCAGCCUGGUACCAGCCUGGUGUGGGAGAGGGACUCACCCACCCCUGUACAGCUAGCCGGGUCCCUGCUCAACAUCAUGUGCCCCAUCAUCAUCAGCAAGGGUGGCAACAUCAGCCUCAUACAUCUCAUUGCUGAGGCGAGAAGUCAGCUGAUGUCAUUACGGAGCUGUUUCUACUUCCUGCUGUGCUGCAGCCUGUCUCUGACCGUGGCCCAGCUGCUGGCCUCCCUGCUACAGCUGCCCACCCUGUUUCCCCCGCAGCACAUGCUCUGGCUCAUACUGAUAGUCCUGCCCCUGCUCAGCCUCACCAUGAUGGGCAACCCUGUGGACGCCAGGGUCAUGUCCAUAGCAACCAGCAAGAACAACAACCAUAUACCCAAGGAGAUGAUACAGAGGUUUAUAUUGUACUUCCUUGUGCGCUUCCUACCCCCAGUAUUAGUGGCCCUAGUCUGCUAUGGACUCACGCUUCAUUCCUUCUGUGCAGCCCAAGACACCAGCACAAACACAACCCUGUGUGCAGUAUUUGACAUUCUACACAAGCCCCUGGACCCCAGGCGAACAUGGACUGAGGAGUUUUCAGGGGGUCUCGUGUUAGCACAGAACAUCUUCACCUUCCUCAUUGUUCUGUACUUUGAGGUGAUUUCCCUUAGCUUCGUCCACUGGAAGGAUCAUUUAUGGGAACAGUUUCCAGCCACCAACAAGCUCUGGCUACUCACAGUUCCUCUCCUACUAUGUGGCCAGAUAGUAUUCUGUGUGUGUGAUGUGUCUGUGCGUAGUGGAGAGGUGCGCCAUACAAUGGCCCUGUCAGACGUACACCCCGGCGUGUGGAGCUUAGGGUUGGCCUUCCCCGUAGUCAUGGUGAUCAUCAAUGAACUCGUGAAACAUCGGGAAGUCAAGGUUGCAGUUCGCUGUCAGAAGCGAGCUAGACUGGACUUUGGAACAAAGCUGGGCAUGAACUCGCCAUUUUGAUCUGUGAAAUGAAUUCAACUUAAGCACCUAUAAAACGGUGUAAUGUAUUUGUACAUUAUCAUACAAAAGGUGACUUAUUCUGUCAAAAUGGUUAAAGAGCAAGAAGCUGAUUAUUAUCUGCGCCUGGCUGUGGUAUACAUGCCAAGAUUACUUCAAAAUUGUUCACAGUUUGAGGAGCUUUAAUACCUCUUGUUGACAGCACCCAUCUACUGUCUCGCACAAAACUUGUCUUAUACAAGACUAGUUAAAUCAUGAUUAUUAAUAUAUAUUUUAUAUAGUUUACAUGGAACAUAACAAGUUUUUUGUUGAAAGACAAUUAAAUUUCAGUAAAAAAUUUAUUUUUUUUACGUCAUUAAAAUCAGUGAAAAUAUCAGAAAUAGAAACGUUUUUCCAAGAAUUAUAUCGGUUUAGCAGUGUCAGUUUCGCACAAUUGAAAAUGCGUAAGAAACCAUUUUUCACAAUAAUUACAAAAUACUGGUACACAAAAAAGAAUCUUUAAAAUAUGCUUUUCCAUUGAAUGCAUAAGAACUUGACACAAUUAUAAUUAAGCUACGAAGCAUAGAUAAUUGAUUUUCCCAACCAUACACAUGGAUGACGUAUAGCACACAUUUUGAUGACACAAUACAUCUGCAAGAUGAUUCAGCUUAUCAGGAGUGAUUUUGUUUACUGUUCUGCAGCUUAAAAUAAAAAAGUGAUGCUUUCAGUGAAUGAUCAAUUUAUUUCCUAACCUUGAGAUUAUACGUAAAUAAGUGGCGGUUCUAUAACCACCUUUAAUCACACAGCUAAAUCAAUGAAUAACCUUAAUAUGUAUGUACAUGUAGUGUCAAUUUACAUAAAAUGCUCUGAACACAAUGGCAGUUGAAUAUUGUAGGAUUUUAAAUAUUUUAUCAAUACAUUUGUUUUUAUCUGCUUAAUAUAUUUUGCCUUGUGAGAAAGCCCCUUUUAUCAAAGUAUGUGCAAUAUUUUUCAGUUCGAAAGAAUUAUGUUGUGAUGUGAACCCGUACAGCCUUUUGUUUUAUCAGUGCCGAACAUUGUGCCGAUGUAUGUUGGCAUUUGAAAUGCUUGUGUCUGUUGAAAUAUUUCUGUUCAAAGAGUCUUGUUUUGUAUACAUUUGGUAUUACUUAUACUUGUAUCAUAGUGUUUGUAAUGAGUAAUUAAAUGUGACCCAAACACA